ACACAGCUCAAAAGGUGGAGCUCCCAAAUCACCAUAACAGAAGGAAGUUAAAAGAUGCUUAAAUACUGGGGCCUGCUUAUCCCAGUCAUUCUAGUUGUCUAGCUUUUCAAUUCUGUCAACAUGAAGGCUCUCUUUAUUCUGGGCCUUUUUCUACUUUCUAAUGCUGUCCAGGGAAAGAUUUAUGGAAAAUGUGAGUUAGCCAGAAAGCUAAAGAAACUUGGAAUGGAUGGCUACAAGGGAAUCAGCCUGGCAAACUGGAUGUGUUUGGCCAAAUGGGAGAGCAGUUAUAACACACGAGCUACAAACUACAAUCGUGGAGACAAAAGCACUGACUAUGGGAUAUUUCAGAUCAAUAGCCGCUACUGGUGCAAUAAUGGCAAAACUCCCAAAGCAGUUAAUGCCUGUCACAUAUCCUGCGAUGCUUUGUUGCGAGAUAACAUCUCUCAAGCUGUAGCUUGUGCAAAGAGGGUUGUCAGUGAUCCACAAGGCAUCAGAGCAUGGAUGGCAUGGAGAAGUCAUUGUCAAAACCGAGAUCUCUCUGAGUAUGUUCAUGGCUGUGGUGUGUAACCACAAAAGUUUUCCACUUCAGUUCAUGCCUUCCCUCUUUCACAUUAUAGAAGUAGUUGUUAAAUGAGACGUCAUACUGCUAUUGUUUCCCCUUCAAACAGCAUUUUACAGAAGCAGUAGUAAAAUACAGCCUUCCCAC